AUGGCGACCCAAGUCUAUCGCUCAUCGGACGCGUCAGUCGAUAUUCAGGCGGAUGUUGUGCUCGACGCGUUGGAGAUCGAGGCCAUGAAGAAGGUCAUGUUCGAGAAGGCCAGGGCCAAUGGGGAUGGAGAUGCCGAGGAGCUCAAACGGUCAUACAUGGUGUACAAGGAUGGAGUCGAUCAUCGAAUCGAGAAGCUGUUCUGGUUCCAGAACGGAGUCAAGGGAUUCUUGGAGAGGGUGAAGGAUGUCAAAGAAAAGGACAUGUCUCCAGAGGACAAAGACUUGCUGGCUCGCCUGGGACAGAUUCUGAUCGCGCAAGCAGACCGCGAACGAGUGGAGUGA